AACCGACACUGACCUAACGUCCGACUGUUUAAUUAGUGCGCCUCGCAGUGGAAAUGUCCUAAUUAUUCUGCAGAAAUGAUGAAAGUGGUCGAUUGCAGGUACGCAUCAAUGACGCCACGAUCAAAGAAGUCCCACUGUUGAUUCACCUUUGGCCGCCAAACAUGUCGACUAGAACGUCAUCAAUAAUCUGUACUUCUUUAAUAAGGUAAACAUGCCUGGGUAAGUAGCUGCUCACUCUGUCAUACCUAACUUCACCUUGUCAACCUCAGUGGAACAAUAAAGAAUCCAUCUUCAACGACACAUCAACACCAUGUCUGCACGUAUCUCUCGAUCUUCAAUGGCCUUGAGGCCCUCUCUUCCUAUCCAGCGAGGCUUUCGCACAACGAGAUUACUUCGACACAAUGAGAAGGAACCUAUUGGGCCGAAAUCUCAAAAUAAACCCGUGAGCAAGGGUGACAACUCCCAGAUCGUGAUGUUGGGAGGUGUUGGUCUUGCGAUCGGUCUAGGUUUCUUCUUCCUUAUGUCUCGACCCGAGAAAGCAAAGGAACAACCUAUCGAGGGUGUAAAAUCCAAGCCCGUGAGCCCCAAAUAAAGAGAGAGCGAGAGAAUACGAGAUACGAGAGAGUCUGGGGUUAGCAACGUGGAUAUGCAGGGUAUAAUGAUCGAUGGCGUAAGCGAUGAUUGAAUAAGAAAAUAGGUCGUCCAUAACAAGCAGAACCUAUUACAGCUCCAACUGCAUUAUCUACCAAAUCAAUGAGGCAGGUCGUCAUGUUACGGCAUCUCCGCACCUAUCACCGCAGAGCUUAUAUCCCUGUCAAGUUGGCCGUAGGAUCUAGUUUACAGCCUCAAAAGAGGCAGCCAAGCC